ACUCUGUUGAAGUUUGUUCACGCGUUUAAGAUUUUGUUUUGUUUUUCGUCAUCGUUACUUAUCGUAAUUGAAAAUGAAGUGCAUCGUGAGUUUUUGCCAAAAUGUAUUUGUGGGAGGUCUCAAAAACAUCACAUUCUUUAGAUUUCCGAAAAAUAAUACUAUUAAACAGCGAUGGAUUCAAUUUUGCAAGCUACCGGAUAAUUAUAUCGUUACUGACAAUAGCAGAAUUUGCAGCCUCCAUUUCAACUACGAAGACCUUUACCGUAUAUCCGAAAACGGCAGGCUAAUGAGGCUACCCAAUUCAGUUCCGAUAUACGAAAUCGUUGCGAAUUUCGGCACCGGUGUUUCGGAUCCGCCUAAUGUUGUGGGCAUGGAAAGCACAUCUAAAGAUUCAUUGGGAACUAGCUCCGGAACAACAUUAACAGCGUUUUCGACGGAAUGUUCUCAGCCCUCUAAAACAGUUGAAAAGUAAGUGAAUAGUAUAAAACCCAGUGCAGCUUAUUCGUAACAUGAUUAUUUUACUUAUUUUAUAGACUUGUCCGAACA